AUGAUAGUUGGUUUGAUUGGCGUUCUCGCCAUUUUCAUACUAUUAAAGUAUUUCUACGAAGGUCUCAUAAACCCAUUGUCUCACAUCCCAGGGCCAUAUCUAUCCCGAUGGACCAACUUGAAAGUCAGUUACUACUGGUUGGCUGGCAAAAGGGCAAGUUAUGUGGAUGAACUGCACAAACAAUAUGGUCCUGUCGUCCGCAUCUCUCCCAACGAAGUUGACAUAUGCGAUAUUCGCGCAGCAAGGGAUAUAUACAAGACCGGUUCUCGCUUUUAUAAGUCAAAUUGGUAUAGACUUCUCAUUCCCCCUCGUCUCGAGAACAUUAUCUCCACCCCCGACCCUCUCAUUCAUUCUUUCCGUCGACGUCUGCUCGCGCCGCCACUUUCAGAUUCAUCUUUGACCCGUUUCGAGCCCCGAAUCCGGGAUAUGAUAUAUCACACUCUUAAUAAGAUGUCACACGAACUGAAAGAAAAAGGCUCGCUGGACGUGUUCAAGUGGUGGCUAUUCAUGACGACGGAUAUCAUUGGGGAACUGAGCUUCGGUGAAUCCUUUCGCAUGCUGGAGAAAGGAGAAAAAACCCAGUAUAGCAUUGAUUUGGAGCAACUGAGCACAAUAUCGCCUAUGCGGACAACAUUCCCAUUCUUGAUGAAAGUUGGCGCCAUGCUUCCUCUGCCUAUCUUUACUAAAAUGGUACAAGCAAGCAAUAGAUUGAAUGAUUAUGCACGACAGUCCGUCGCACGCCAUAAAGCAUUCAUUGCUAAGGAUCCGUUAAAUGCCAAGCACACCUUAUUCACCAAAGUGAUCGAUGCAGGCGACAAGGGCGGCCUAUCAGAACAGGAAAUCUGCAACGAGGCUCGCGGAUUCAUCGGGGCCGGCAGCGACACAACCGCCGUAACCCUGACAUACCUCGUGUAUGCAGUAUGCAGAGACUGUCGCAUCCGCGAUAAACUUGUUUCCGAGCUGAUGGAGCAGCUUCCGGAUGGCUUCACUGAUCGAGAUACCCGCAGCUUACCCUAUCUAAACCAGGUUAUCAAGGAGACAUUACGACUAUACGCAGCUGUUCCGGAAGCAUUGCCGAGGACUGUCCCUGAAGAGGGAUCUCACCUGGCCGGAUUCAGCCUUCCUGGAGGGACAACAGUAUCUACACAAGCAUAUAGUAUGCAUCGGGAUCCGAGAUUCUUUCCUAACCCUCUCAAUUUCUACCCGGAACGAUGGACCUCGCCUACCAAGGAGAUGGAAGAUGCGUCGUUACCUUUUGGGGGCGGAUCUCGCACUUGCCUUGGUAUUCAUCUAGCCCGCAUUGAACUGCGGCUUGCCACAGCUCUGUUUUUCCGCGCUUUCCCCGAAGUGAGAAUGUCGAGUCGUGAAGGGAUGUGUGAUGAUGAUAUGGAACUACGCAGCUUUUUCUUAGCUGCACCCAAGGGACACAGGUGUCUUGUUGAAGCAUGACUUUUUUUCUUUCUUUCAACUGUUGAUUUCGUUCAUAUUGCUUC